GGCAUCUCAGCCUAAGCAUGGCACCCUUUCUGCUCAUUGCACUACUCCUAGUCUAUCUCUUCACACUGAAUAGCUUCAAAGCUAAGAAAAUGGGCCAUCCUGCUGAAGUGGAAGUCCUCAGCAAAGCCUUGUCAGGAAUUGGAGUUGAUGAGAAAUCAUUGGUAUCAAUAUUGACAAAAUCACACCAUGAGCACAAGAGAUCCAUCAGAAGAGGAUGUUCCCAGUUCUUCUUUGAGGACGAACGUCAAUUUGAGAGGUGGAAUGAUGAUGCUAUCAAGACUCUCAAAGGUGAAUUCAAGCGUUUUAAGGAUGCUGUGGUGCUUUCCCUCAUGCAUCCAUGGGAGAGGGAUGCUCGUUUGUUGAAAAAGGCGUUGAAGAAAGGGCCACAGCAAUAUGGUGUUAUAGUAGAAAUUGCAUGUACCAGAUCAUCUGAGCAGCUGCUAGGAGCAAGAAAGGCUUACCAUUCCCUCUUUGAACGCUCAAUCGAGGAAGAUCUUGCUGCCCACAUUAAGGGCAGUGAGCGCAAGCUCUUGGUGGCACUAGUGAGUGCUUACAGGUAUGAAGGACCAAAGGUGAAGGAGGACACUGCAAAAUCUGAGGCCAAAGCACUUUUGAAUGCAAUCAAGAAUGCUGAUAAAAGGAGACUAAUCGAGGACGAGGAAGUCAUCAGAAUUCUUACAACAAGGAGCAAGCCUCAUCUUAAGGAAGUCUAUGAACAAUACAAAAAAAUUUCUGGCAAGAGCAUAACUGAGGAUUUUGAAGCUGAGUUGUUCUUGAAAGAAACAAUAGAAUGCCUAUGCACCCCUCAUACAUAUUUCACCAAGGUUUUCGAUACAGCUCUCAGAGUUGAUGCGAAUGAGGAUGCCAAAAAAGCAUUGACUCGAUUGAUUACAACCCAAGAAGCUGGAAAUUUUAAGGGAGUCAGUGCUAAAUUUGCCCACAAGAUAGAAGAGAGGGUCAAGGGAGCUUAUAAGGAUGUGUUGCUUGGGGUAUUAGCAAGAGGGGAAAUGAAUGGACAAGUUUAAAUUCAACUAAAUUCCUCUAAUUUUAUAGUUACAUAUGCUUUUCUAUUUAAAAUUUGGUUGUUGUUGGUCAUCGCCUAUAUGUGUGGCAUAUGUGGUUGUAUAAGGGUAUUGUAUGAGUAUUUAUUGUCAAUUUGAUGGUUCCUCAAUAAAUCAACAUUUAUUCUUCUUGUUA